AUGAAUAAUCUGGACGAAAACGUCAAGGAUCCUGAUUGGCUCCUAUCGCAGCUACAAAAGCCAAUAACCUUUAAGGAUCGCUUGAAUUUUUAUCUCAUGACCAGAUUUAAUCGGAGAAUAUACCAAGGACUGCGCUAUGUCUAUAUACAAGGUGGGAGUUUGCCGAGAAUAUUUUUAUACAAUGGAAUAAAAAAUACAAAGUAUAAUCUUUUCACGUUUUUACCACUCAUUUUGUUCGAACAAUUUAGGGGUACAGGUGGACAACAAGGCUCUGCCGUUGGUUCUAGUCAGCAUUGUACUGGUAAAGUUCCUGAGUUUAUGGUUGGUACUCACUCUUGA